CAGUAGAAAGAACACAAUGGAAGUUGAUAUCAUUUUGGUAGUUUUUGCAGCUAUUUUAGUGUUUUAUGUGCUUGUCUUUGUGUUUCUAAGGCGGCUCAAUGAACUACAAAGUUUUGUUAAACUGGGAAGGAAGGUCUACCAAGCUCUCCCUCCUGGUGAUAUGGGAUGGCCUCUUAUCGGCUCUUCCCUAUCGCUUUACAACACUUUUAAAUCAAGCAAUGAUCCCAACACUUUCAUCAAUCAUCUUAUUUCCAAGAAAGAAAAAACUGGGAUAUAUAGAAGCCAUCUCUUCGGAAAACCAACAAUCAUCGUGACAGAUCCGGAAAUAUGCCGACGCAUAUACUUAGAUGACGAGUGCUUUGUUCCCAAAUAUCCAAAGGGGGCAGAGAUAUUUGUUGGGAGUGGGUCUGCCAUGAAGAUUGCUGACCACAAAUCUGUGCAUCGGCUCAUGGCAGCUCCCAUUAGUGGCGCGCAAGCCUUGUCUAAAUAUGUGGGUUAUAUUGAGAAGGAAGUGGUGAAAUGCUUGGAAGAAUGGAGCAGCAUGAGCGAGCCAAUAGAGUUGUUGAAUGAAACUAAAACUCUAUACUUUAAACUCAUUUCACGUAUUUUCUUGGGGGCUGAAGUUCGUGGGCCUUGCUUACAAGAACUCGAGAAAUUGUUCAGAGAAAUGACUCUUGCACUCGUGUCCAUUUUCCCUUUUGACUUGCCUGGAUUUGCUUACAAUAGAGCAUUCAAGGCAAUGAAAGAGGUAGAAAAGAUUCUGAACAAAAUCAUAGAAGAGAAGAGAAAAGCAGUGGAAAAGUAUGAAGAAAGGGAAGAGAAUUGUGAAAUAGAGGCAAUGAUUGAGGCGAGUGAUGGGAAUGGGGCAAAGUUGUUGAGUAACAACGCAAUUAUAGAUAUACUACUCGGUGUGCUUCAUGCUGGUAAUCAUACUGUAGCUCAUGCAGCCAUCUGGGUUCUUAUACAUAUUUCAGACCACCCUCAUGUUCUCCAACAGGCAAAGGAAGAACAAGAGUUGAUUAUAAAAGAAAGGCCACCUACCCAAAAUGGAUUAAAUUUUGGAGAAAUUACUCGAAUGACGUAUCUUACAAAGGUAAUUAAUGAGACGUUGAGAAGAAGUACACUUACCUCUCCGACCUUUCGCGAGGCCAAAUCUAAUGUAAAGAUCAAAGGGUAUAUUAUACCAAAAGGAUGGAGCAUACAAAUAUGGAACGGAGCUGUUCAUAUGGACCCUCAAAUAUACCCAAAUCCACACAAAUUUGAUCCUUCAAGAUGGGACAAUUACAAGCCAAAAGCAGGAGCCUUCAUACCAUUUGGAAUGGGGAGGGUAUACUGUCCAGGAAGCGAGCUGGUCAAGCUUGAAAUGGCCAUUUUACUUCACCAUUUUCUUCUCCUUAAUUACAGGAUGGAACGAGUUAAUCCAAAAUGUCAGCUCACUCACAUGUCAUCCCCUGCACCUCUCGACAACUGUCUCGUAAAAAUUAUCAAACAUUCAUAGCUCAUCGAGUAUAUUAUCAUA